AAGCCCUCGAGCUUCCUUCCGCUUCUUAAUCUUUCGAUUUUCCCAAAUCAAUCGUCUUCUUCGCUAGGAUCUUCCAUGGCCUCCACGACCCACCCUCUCCUCUCCUCUUCCCUCGUUGGCUCCAGACUCCGCCCCAAGAUAACUCCUAACCCUUCCCUCCCGUCCCGGUCCUCCCCCGUCCGAUCCAUCUCAAACCGCGACCACCGUCCCCUCCUCCUUCCUCCCCUCACCGCCACCGCCGCCGCCGCCUUCCUCCUCUCCUCCAUACCUCCUGUCGCCUUCGCCGACGAUGCCUCCCCUCUCCCUGCCCCCACCAACUUGCCCCCUGCCCAGCUUGAGGCCGCCUCCAAGCCUAACUCCUCCUCCAACCCUUUCUCCCAGUCCCUCCUCACCGCUCCUAGCCCCCAGUCCGCUCCCGACCUCCCGGAUGGCACCCAGUGGCGCUACAGCGAGUUCCUCAACGCCGUUAAGAAGGGUAAGGUCGAGCGCGUCCGCUUCAGCAAGGACGGCGGCCUGCUCCAGCUUACUGCUGUCGAUGGACGCCGCGCGGCCGUGGUUGUCCCCAACGAUCCGGACCUCAUCGACAUCCUCGCGAUGAACGGGGUCGACAUAUCCGUGUCGGAGGGCGAGGGCGGCAACGGGUUGUUUAAUUUCAUAGGCAACCUCCUCUUCCCCUUCCUCGCCUUUGCUGGCCUCUUCUUCCUCUUCCGUCGUGCCCAGGGCGGCCCUGGGGGAGGGCCGGGUGGGCUCGGCGGGCCUAUGGACUUUGGCCGGUCCAAGUCCAAGUUCCAAGAGGUCCCGGAGACUGGUGUUACCUUCGCCGAUGUCGCUGGAGCUGACCAGGCAAAGCUAGAACUGCAGGAAGUGGUAGAUUUUUUAAAGAAUCCGGACAAGUACACUGCUCUGGGAGCAAAAAUUCCCAAAGGUUGCCUCUUGGUCGGUCCACCUGGUACUGGCAAAACGCUAAUCGCCCGUGCUGUGGCUGGUGAGGCCGGAGUGCCGUUCUUCUCCUGUGCUGCAUCUGAGUUCGUGGAGCUGUUUGUCGGAGUGGGGGCGUCUAGGGUCCGCGAUCUGUUCGAGAAGGCAAAGGCGAAGGCACCGUGCAUUGUAUUCAUUGAUGAAAUUGAUGCCGUCGGAAGACAGAGAGGGGCUGGACUUGGUGGCGGUAAUGAUGAGAGGGAGCAGACUAUCAACCAACUCUUGACAGAGAUGGAUGGAUUCUCAGGGAAUAGUGGAGUGAUAGUCUUGGCAGCGACUAACAGACCAGAUGUUCUUGAUGCGGCCCUGCUUCGACCCGGAAGGUUUGAUCGACAGGUCACGGUGGAUAGGCCUGAUGUAGCUGGAAGAGUGAAGAUACUACAGGUUCAUUCUAGAGGAAAAGCACUUGCUAAAGAUGUAGAUUUUGAGAAAAUUGCUAGGAGGACCCCUGGAUUCACUGGUGCUGACCUGCAGAAUUUAAUGAAUGAAGCAGCCAUUCUUGCAGCUAGGCGGGACCUCAAGGAGAUAAGCAAGGACGAGAUUUCAGAUGCUCUAGAGAGAAUAAUAGCUGGGCCUGAAAAGAAAAAUGCAGUUGUAUCGGAAGAGAAGAAGAAGCUGGUAGCUUAUCAUGAGGCCGGACAUGCUCUUGUGGGUGCGCUCAUGCCCGAGUAUGAUCCAGUUGCUAAGAUCUCCAUUAUUCCUCGAGGUCAAGCUGGUGGUCUUACUUUCUUUGCCCCAAGUGAGGAGAGGCUUGAGUCAGGACUUUAUAGCAGAAGCUACCUUGAGAACCAAAUGGCCGUUGCCCUCGGUGGAAGGGUGGCAGAAGAGGUGAUUUUUGGACAAGAGAAUGUGACAACCGGGGCUUCAAAUGACUUCAUGCAGGUUUCACGAGUGGCAAGGCAAAUGGUUGAGAGAUUUGGCUUCAGCAAAAAGAUCGGUCAGGUCGCCAUUGGUGGCCCUGGUGGUAAUCCAUUCUUAGGACAACAGAUGUCAUCUCAAAAGGACUACUCUAUGGCGACCGCCGACGUGGUGGAUGCUGAGGUUAGAGAGCUUGUCGAGACAGCUUAUUCCAGAGCCAAACAAAUCAUAACGACUCACAUAGAUAUCCUUCACAAAUUAGCACAGCUUCUCAUCGAGAAGGAAACUGUUGACGGAGAGGAGUUCAUGAGCCUGUUUAUUGAUGGCAAAGCAGAAUUAUUUGUCGCAUGAUCGUCAAAUAUCUUUUUGUAUUUUAUGCGACAUAGUUGGUAGUCUUAUGUUUAUAAUACAUUGGUUACUUUGACAUAAAACAACCAUUAUAGAACAAUUUUAGGUAUGGAGCCAUUAAGAAAAUCGUUUUCUCAGUUCA